AUGGCUCAGGCCUUUGACGAUGACGACCUAUCGCUCUCCAUGACCCGUCGCCCAACCAAUGCUUCACAAAACGACGACUCGAAUCCGCCUACUGCUCUGGCCGCAACCCACAAGCCGCAGCAGCCUCCACCCGUAGCGAAUAAGAGACGCUUGGGUCAAUAUGACAUUGUCAGAACGUUAGGUGAAGGCUCCUUUGGCAAAGUCAAGCUGGCUGUACACAAGGUCAGCGGCCAAAAAGUCGCCCUCAAAAUCAUCUCCCGCCAGAAGCUCGUUACCCGCGACAUGGCCGGCCGAAUAGAACGCGAGAUCCAAUACCUACAGCUGUUGCGCCAUCCUCACAUCAUCAAGCUCUACACGGUCAUAACCACCCCGAAGGAGAUCAUCAUGGUCCUCGAAUAUGCUGGCGGCGAGCUGUUCCAGUAUAUCCUUGACCAUGGACGGAUGGCCGAAGACAAGGCCCGCAAGUUCUUCCAGCAAAUAGUGUGCGCUGUCGAGUACUGCCAUCGUCACAAGAUUGUUCACCGUGAUCUCAAGCCCGAGAAUCUUCUCCUCGACGAUGCUCUCAAUGUCAAGAUUGCCGACUUCGGUCUCAGCAAUAUCAUGACCGAUGGCAAUUUCCUCAAAACUAGUUGUGGCAGCCCGAAUUACGCUGCUCCCGAAGUCGUCGGAGGCAAGCUGUAUGCUGGUCCAGAGGUUGAUGUGUGGAGUUGUGGUGUCAUUCUCUAUGUAUUACUGUGCGCCCGCCUUCCUUUCGACGAUGAAUACAUCCCGACGCUUUUUAAGAAGAUCCAGUCAGGCACGUACCAUACGCCAAGCUACAUCUCAUCAGGUGCCGCUCGUCUGAUCAAACGAAUGCUGCAAGUUAGCCCUGUCAACCGCAUCACUAUUGAUGAGAUCAAAUUAGAUCCGUGGUUCCUGAAGGAAUUGCCCGACUAUCUCACACCACCUGUCGAGGACUUCAUGGAUCAGGGCAUUGACCCUAACAGAUCCAUUGACCCGGCCAAACUUGCACCCACCAAGCCUGCAGUGGUGCAACAGAAGUUGCACGAGAGCGUGGUUGGCAAGCUGGGCAAGACAAUGGGUUAUGCAAAGGAUGAUGUGACAGAGGCACUCGCUAAGGAUGAGCCCAGCGCUAUCAAAGAUGCUUAUCUCAUUGUGCGGGAGAACACGAUUAUGAAAGCCAACCCAUCACUCACACACAAUCCGGAUCUGCAACCAUGGCUUGCUCAAUCACCACCCACCUUCCAAACUACUGUCGCUUCCCCACCAAAUGCUCGCCAUCCUGCGCCCGGUACAUCCAAUCCAGCAUCGAAUGUCGAGCAUCCCCGCCAUGGUUCCACUAGCUCCGCUCAUGAAGCUCGCACCCCUGCGACGACCAUUGGUAUCCUACCUUCAUCACUUCCAUCCUUCCAUCAAGCAUACAUGCAGGGUACUACCCCCAGAGCUGCUAUCGCGGAAGGCGAACUCGAUCCUUAUGCCCCCAACAGUGUUCCUGGAGGCGAAGGUAAAGAGUUGACUACUGAACAACGCGCUGCUGUCCUACGAAGAUUGAGGCCUCACGUCAAAAACAAUCAGAUCGGAGGCCGAGACAAGCCUGAGAUGAUGACGCCGCUUCCCAGCAAGGACAAGAAGGCUAAACCAACCAAAUGGCAGUUUGGUAUCCGCAGUCGCAACAGUCCUUCAGAAGCCAUGUUGGCCAUAUACAAGGCUCUGAAAGCAAUGGGCGCUGUGUGGGAGGCUCCUGUCAUGCGCCGUCCUGGCCAUAGAGAUGGAAGUCCUCCACGCAAUCGUCGGCGUCACGCUAGAGACGGAAGCCAAAGCCCUGAAUACUCGGACUCGGACCCUGAGGCUGGCACUGAUCCGGAAUACUCGACUCACGAAGAGCGGGCUAGUCGCCGCUCCCGUGGUGGACAUGCAUCGGAUAUGUCAGAUGACGACUUUGGCGAAGAGUUGUCACGCAGUCAGCGCCGCAAGUCACAUAUUCGUGAACCUCUUGGACCUGAGAACGACUGGGGUUAUAAGAUACCCGAGGACCCGUGGAUCAUCAAUGCAAGGUUCCGCAAAGACGGCAUGUUCCCACCAGGUGUCGCGCAUCCAUCAUCAACGCACUCCAGCCGUGUAGACUUGCACGAAGGUAUCCGCCGCCGCAGCUCGACGAUGGGCAGUAGCACCAGUCUAGCCAACUCGCCCGCAGGGUUUAAUUCACCCAUGCAGCCAAGUAGCGCCCAAGGUAGUGCCCACGCGUCCACCGAUAAUAUCGCAGCAACGGGCCCUGGCAGCUUCGGUCAAGAUAGUCUUCGUCGUCGCCAUCCAGCUCCCAACGAGAGCGCCUGGGUAUACGUGACCAUCCAAUUGUACUGCAUCGAGCAAGAUAGCUUCAUGGUCGACUUCAAAUGCGCUGGCUACGAACGUCUAGUCCGCAGGCUGAGGCGCGAGAUCAAGACACACGCUGAUGGUGAAGCAUCGGAUGUUUGGCGUGAAGAAGAUCACGAUGACGAAGAUAUGGAUGAAGGAUACAUGGGCUGUGGACGAAUUUCGGAUGAAAAGGACAUUUCGAGUCCUUUCCCCUUUAUGGAUGUGGCUAGUAGUCUCAUCGUUCAGUUGGCCCAGGGUGCUUGA